AUGUCCCAUUCGCAAAACAGUAGUGUCGACUCUAAAGAUGCAACGCGUACUGUCGUGGUGACGCCGGCACCAGAACGCGCUUCGACACUCGUAGACCCACCUGCAAAGUAUUCCAAAAAGGAAAAAUGGAUGAUCGUCAUAUUCACUGCGUUCAUCGCGUUGUUCAGCCCACUCACAGCGACCAUCUACUACCCUGAGAUUCCUAUUCUCUCUCAGGUGUUCGGAAAAUCUACAGAGUUGAUCAACCUCACGGUGACUGCAUACGUGGUGCUACAGGGCAUCGCUCCGAUGAUAUGGGGCCCGUUUUCUGAUCAUAUUGGUCGAAGACCGAUUUACGCAGCAUGCCUCCUCAUUUUAUCUCUGUCGUGUGUCGGGUUGGCACUUGUUCCCACUUCCAAUUACGGGCUAUUAUUAGCUCUUCGAUGCAUACAGGCAUGUGGCUCGGCGAGUACAGUUGCUAUUGGUGCCGGUGUCAUUGGGGAUAUAUCGUCUCGGGCGGAGAGAGGCGGCUUUUUCGGCAUCUUUACACUUGGCCCUACGGCUGGCCCAGCUUUAGGACCAGUUAUAGGAGGUGCUCUCGCAGGACAUUUCGGCUGGCGUGCCGUUUUCUGGUUCUUGUGCAUCGCGUCUUCGUUUUGUGUCCUAGUGAUCAUCCUCUUCCAGCCAGAAACCGUGCGCCAUAUUGUCGAUAGCGGACGUGACUCCAUUUUUCUUGUCUACCGGCCUGUCCUACCCGUCAUAGGUCGCAAAGAUGUCCUGUCAAGACCUCUGAGUGUACAACUUUCCCCCGUCAAAAUUCCUCGCAAUCCAUUUGGGCUAUUUAUGCAGCCCGACAUCGCCCUCCUUCUAUACAUGAACGGGGUUGCCUUUGCCAUCUUUUACGGCGUUUUGGUCACAGUAUCGUCAUUGAUGCUACCUGCGUACCCAUUUCUGACAGAGACAACCCUUGGAUUGUGUUUCUUGUCUGUGGGUGGUGGGACUAUAAUAGGAAGUGCUAUUUCCGGACGGGUACUCGACCGCGAAUUUAGGAGGAUGCGAAUUAGAAUCGAGGCAGCGCACUCAGGGUCGGCAACCCUUGAUCGCGAGGAGAACUUCCCACUGGAGAGGGCACGACUUCAGCUCACGCCUUACCUUGUCGUCAUUUGCGCAGCCGCGUGUGCGGGAUAUGGAUGGUGUCUGCAGCAAAAGACCCAUAUCGCGGUACCAUUGGUUUUGCAAUUUUUCAUUGGUGUUUUCACCAUCAUUGCGAUGAAUUCAUCAACUACCCUUAUGAUCGACUUGGUUCCCGGACAAAGCUCCUCGGUUACUGCAUGUAGCAAUUUGAUUAGGUGCACUCUUAGUGCAGUUCUAGUGUCAGUCAUCGACAUUAUGGCGAAGGGUAUCGGCACAGGAUGGACAUUCGUCAUCUUGAGCGGUUUAUGCCUGUCCCCUCUGCCGUUGAUUUACAUUUCAUUUAUUAUCGGACCACGUAACCGCGCUCGAAGACAGAGACUUAGAGAGGAAGAGAUCGCCCGCACACGAACAGCCUCAGUAUCGAUAUCAGAAGAGAAGGCCUAG